GUGUCGAUCAAUUAUCCCAGUGGAAGGAAAUCUGUUCUAGUCACCUCUGAUUCACACAAAGUGAUUUUCAAGGCCAUGGUUGACAAUAAAGGUGGAGUGGACAUGUCUAUUGUUAAUACACUUCGUCAGACAAAUCCAAAUGCUUUGGUGAAGGGGAUUUCCAAAGUUGUUGAAGAGGAAUGUAGUAAGGCAUGUCAUCGAGGUUCUGUUGCAUGUCUCCAAAGUAAAGACGUUGAACAUUUCUUAAGCUUUAAAUGGGAUACUUUUCACGAAGAUCUCCAGGAAAGAUGUCCUCAUACUUUGUCAGUUAUUUCAUCAACUGUACAAAACACGCCACCAGUUAGUUUCAGCAAAUCUUUCUUUCAUAUCAUGUUUGCCAGUGCUUUACUGUUGCAUGGCAGGAGUCAAGAAAUGUCUGCCUCUCAAUAUAUAUUAGCAUUUCUCCUUGCUGGUGGUGGAUGUACUUUAAGGACCAUUGAAAUACUUUGCAAGACUGGAUUAUGUGUUCACUCACAAACACUCCAAAACAAACUUACUAGCUGGAAGGACAAGUUAGAUGAAGAACUUAAAGUCCUAAAGAUGAAAUGGAAAAAGAAAGAAGAACCUUUAGCUAAGUAUCAAUACGUAGGUGACAAUUGGGACAAGGAGAUUCUUCCCUCCUAUCGCACAACAGAGAGAAAAACCCAGAGUCUUCAUUUAUUUCAAGUCUAUGGUAUUGUUGACCGAUACACUCCCAGAAAUCCACUUGGGUCAAACGGAUUCCAAGACAAUCUCACUUACAUCCCUUCUAUCUCAGAGCAAAAGCUACUCCUAAAAGAGCUGAAAUUCAUCUUUACAUCGGCCAUCAUCAGAAAUGUUCCUAAAGUU